GGAGCGUAUGGAUCACCAGCACACAUCAUCAGCCUAGUGUUCACUUCUGAGCAAAAUCGGCCUGAAAACGGCCUGUUAAAUCUGCGGUAAACCGGCGGCCGGUUGUUUUCCUACCUCUGAUCGCAGGGACCGGAGCAGGAACAAGGAGAGUCGGAUCCGCGAGGAAACUAGACCGGGUGCGACCGUCAUGAUGGCGUCCGGUAGCGCCUCCAGCCCGAUGGUCAUCCUCGGCCCCAAAACAAAGACCAAGAAGAAACAUUUCGUUCAGCAGAAGGUGAAAGUGUUUCGGGCGAGCGACCCUAUGCUCAGCGUGUUUAUGUGGGGAGUCAAUCACUCGAUAAAUGAUCUAAAUCAAGUUCCGGUGCCCGUCAUGCUACUUCCUGACGACUUCAAAGCCAACACCAAAAUUAAAGUGAACAAUCAUCUCUUCAACAAGGAAAAUCUUCCAGGCCACUUCAAAUUUAAGGAAUAUUGUCCGCAAGUCUUCAGGAAUCUCAGAGAGCGUUUUGGGAUCGAAGAUCUUGACUACCAGGUGUCUUUAGCCCGCAGCGCUCCCUCAAAAGGUGAUGGGCAGGGAGAAGGUAUUCUCUUCAUCUCCUAUGACCGCACGCUGGUAGUGAAGCAAAUCACUAGUGAAGACGUAGCCGACGUUCACAACAUUCUGUCCGAGUAUCACCAGCAUAUAGUGAAGUGCCAUGGCAGCACACUUCUCCCUCAGUUUUUGGGCAUGUACCGUGUUACGGUGGAGAGUGAGGACACGUACCUGAUCGUCAUGAGGAACAUGUUCAGCCACAGACUAGUGGUCCAUAGAAAAUAUGAUCUGAAGGGUUCUCUUAUAGAUCGUGAGGCCAGUGACAAAGAAAAGGUUAAAGAUUUGCCCACGUUUAAAGACAUGGACUUCAGGAACAACAUGCAGAAGGUUUAUGUGACUGAAGAGCAGAAAGAGAAAUUUAUGGAGAAACUAAACAAAGAUGUAGAGUUCUUGGUAAAGCUAAAGAUCAUGGACUACAGCCUGUUGCUAGGCAUCCACGAUAUUGGACGUGCCGAGCGAGAGGAGGAGGAGGCUGAGGAGCCUGGUGCUGAAGAUGAUAUGGACCCCGAGAACGGUCUCACUUCGGCCGCGCAGGGUGGCUCAUAUGGCACGUCACCAGAGGGCAUCGCCGGAUACAUGAACUCUUUCAAACCAUUGGGGCCUGGAGAAUUUGACCCUUACAUUGAUGUAUACGCAAUGAAAAGUGCUCCAGGAGCUCCGCAGAGGGAAGUGUACUUCAUGGGCCUCAUCGACGUGCUGACUCAGUAUGACACUAAGAAGAAAGCCGCCCAUGCGGCCAAGACCGUAAAGCACGGCGCUGGCGCUGAAAUAUCUACAGUACAUCCAGAACAGUAUGCCAAACGAUUCCGUGAAUUCAUCUCCAACAUUUUCGCAUAAGGGCUCGUGUGUGUCCUCUACAAUAUCUGACAGAGUGAAUGUCCAGGUCUCCUUUCACCUCAAAAUUUGAAGAAAUGAGUGUGUAUAAAAAAAUCUAAUUCUCAAAAACUUGCUCAUAAAACUUACGCAACCAUGAUGCAUAAGUAUUUGACAGAUUAAAUAUAUUGUUUUUACUCAUUUCAGUGUUUUUUAUUUCCACAUUGCGGUUAUGAGAAUUCAAGUGUGGGUGGAGCUAAAUUUUCAUAAAUUCAAAAUAUUAUAAAUGCACCUAAAAAUAGGGAUUUGUUCCCUUUAAACAGCAUAUGAUUUUGUUUAUCCGUGAUUGUGAUUUUGAGGUGAAAUGUGACACAGGUGGGUUUUUUUGGAAGUUCACCCCACAGGCCUUCACAUAGAUUUUUUCUGAAGUCCCCUGCUGUGCUUUUAUUUAGUAAAAGUUCAGGCAUAGGAACUUGAGGUUCCCAUCCACACUACAUCAAUUAUGUAUAAAAUGAAUAGAACGGCAUUCAUAUAAAGCAACUUGUGUCACAACUGCAAACACAAACCUGAAAAAAUUGCCUAAUCUUUUAAGGAGAUAUGACUCUGAACCUGUAGCAGUGCUUAACAUGUUCUUGGUGUUUCUCUCUCGGACUUUCUCUCUCUGUCUCUCUCUCUCUCAAUCUCUCGGACUUUGGAUGGCACAGAGAGUAACUGCCUUAACCAAAUGCUGAACGGAUUGUGGAGGAAUAGAAGCUCAUGUUCUCUAAUGUUUUAAGUGCAUGCUUGCUUCAUUUGAUAUCUGCUGUACUGGAAUGUUGUGAGACACUUGUUGUGAAUAUUGGUCAGACAGGGACCCUCAAGAGGGUCUAGUUGAAAACUAAGAAUACUGACUGACUGACUGAUUGUUUGUAUGUAUGUAUGUAUGGAUGGAUGGAGUAUCUUAUGUGAGCUAUUUUAUGCAUUUAGCCUUAUUGAGGAAAAUAAGAAUUGUGUAGUCUGUAGCAGAAACACUCUCUAGUGAUACUGAGCUGAUUUAGUACAUGAAAUGCCUUAUUGUUGCAUUUUAUUUAUUUUGCAAAUCAGUGUUCGGACCAAAAUAUAUUUUUCAGAGACUUCCAGAAAUCAUGGGUUUGAUUAUUUAUUCAUUUUAGCUCUUGUCUCUUAUAGUUUCAUAUUUAAAUGGUAUUUUAAAGUUGUCUGAAGACCUUAGGUUGUUGUUACACUGAGACAAGUUGUUACAUUGUAUUCACGUAAUGCACGUAGCAACCGACUGUAGUGGCCAAUAAUGUACAUUCUCGUGUACAAUAAAACAUUUUUCUUAAAUAUUGAGUGACAUUGACAAUAUUGACAAGACAGAAAUCACAUGAGUAUACAGACCCGGGUCUACAUGGAAGUUCAGACUUAUGUAAAGAUCAAAAACUUGUAUUUUAUAAUCUUAUAUUUUAGUUUAAUAAACAUAGACAGUCAUUGCA